UUCGGUGGAGACAGAUUUGCAUGAAAAAAGCUUAAUAUUUCCCGUUUUGCACAGUUUUUAUCGUUUUAAAUCCGAAUUAGAAGUAUCUGACUGAAGAUCUGGUAUAUAAGGUUCAUUUGUGAAAUCUUUCUGGUUCAUUCGGGGAUACCUGUCUAAUCCUGAUGUAACGUCCCCAUCAAGAUGGAUUAGUCUGCUGUUACCACCGUGCGGCAUCAUAUUAUAUGGCCAUUCUGCACUGGCAUCAACUAUCAACAAGAGAGAUCUUUCGGGCUGCCCUAAUCUGUAUCAUGAACAAUCCCCUCACAGCUGCUAUCGUGCAGCAGAUAAUUACUCGAAAUGUACUUGCGGCGCAGAAUCAGCGGCAGCUAGUAGAGCAACAACCACCCCAGAACCUCUUCCAGCCUCAGCAAUUGAUCCAGACAGCUCAACUGCAGCAGCAACUACUGGGUUUGUCACAGUUCGUCCGCCAGCCAGUUCAGAUUCUCCAUGCCCAGCAACAACAGGUCAUUCAGACUCUGAACAACCUACGAAAUCAACAGCUCGAGGAAUCUUACUCCUUCCUUAACUCGGACUCAUUUCACUCUCCUCCGCCGCAGCAGCUGCAGCCUCCAGCCGGGUCCAUUUCAUCGCAUCAGUUUUCACAGGGUUCUGCUGAUACAAGCCAGAAAAUACCGACGUCAACAUUAACACAACCUGUACACAGACAGUCGACACAUGCUGAAUCAUUUCUGAAAGACACUGACGAGCGCGGAAAAAUAACAAACAUAAGGAGCACCAUCCCACAAUCAGACGAGGAUAAUCGAAAACAACCGGCAGACGUUCAUCCACGCAGGAUUGUCCUUGCAGCACACACGUUACAUCAACCCUCUGCGUCUGCUUCCACUGUUGGUAGCAGCAUUGCCAGGAGAGAAUCGUCAAUAUCCAGGACCCCGUCGCCCGCCUCCAGUAUCGGCUCGGCUGGGACAGCAGCAUCACAGAUGACCAGUUACAGCAACGAUAACAGUCAAGGUGCUGGUAACGCCACCAGUAACAGCUACAGUACUGGCAAAAGCACCAGUUACAAUACUGGUAACAGCAGCAGUUACAAUCCUGGGUACAGUAACAGUUACAAUACUGGUAUCGACAACAGUUACAGUCAGAAUAUCAACAGUACAAGUGCUUAUAAUUUGAGGAGCAGUAAGAAGGGAAUGAAGCGCCAGUAUGAUGAAUACUAUGAACAAUGGGAUGAUCCAUCACCGGCAAAGCGUUCCCGUGGAGACGAGGGCAACCAUGUCCCCAACUCUAGACCCAAUCGCAACAAUCUAUUGGCGGUCAAUGUCACACGCGAUCACUACCAAAACAGAGAUGUGAAGAAAACACACCCAGUUGAGGAUGUUCGGGUGCCUCCUCCACAUGUGGCCGCCCAUCCAGACCAAAAGAUCACGAAUCACAUAUGGCAGCAUUUCCUUGACAAGCAACAAACUCAGGAAGCAUACCAGAAGAAAAUGAGAUUAAGAGAAGCAUUAUAUACGGUCACAAAGGGCAUUUUUCCUUAUUGUGGUCUGUACAUGGUGGGCUCAUCAAUGAGUGGUUUUGGUAGCGUUUACAGUGAUCUGGACAUGUGCCUUAUGUUAUCACAUAAAGCAAUUGACCAGAAAAAAGAAGCGACAGACAUCUUGGCUCUGCUCCUGAAAUCACUUAAGAAAUGCACGUUCAUCAAACAAAUGGAACUAAUCAGAGCACGAGUUCCUAUACUGAAGUUUAGGGAUAAAAUUGCCAAUGUAGAAUGUGAUCUAAAUGUCAACAACUCAGUUGGUAUCAGAAACACACACUUGUUAGGAGCAUAUUCAAGAAUGGACUGGCGAGUACGACCACUGGUGCUAUUCACGAAACAUUGGGCCCAGUUUCAUGAUAUCAACGACGCCAGAAAGAUGACGAUAUCCAGUUACUCAUUAAGUAUGAUGGUCCUACAUUACUUACAAUGUGGUUGUAAUCCCCCAGUACUGCCCUCCCUCCACAAACUAGAACCGGACAAAUACAGUUUUGAACGAGAUGUACGCACACUAUCACUUGCUGAAACGUUACCAGAAUUCCAGACCAAGAACAAGGAAACGCUAGCAGAACUCUUCCUAGGCUUCCUCGAAUAUUACGCAUGCAAGUUUGACUUCGAAAAUGAUGUCAUAUCGAUCCGAUUAGGGACGAAGGUGCCCAAACGCAUCAUAGCACGACAGUCAUUCCAAGGGCCUGCAGCUCAGUGGAAAUUCCUCUGCAUAGAAGAACCAUUCGACCUUAGCAACACCUCACGAUCUGUCUACGAUCAAUACACAUUCAUGAGGAUCCUACAAGUUUUCAAAGUGAGUCAUAGGCGCCUCCACUCAACCAGGAACAUUAUGUCGCUGUUUGAUCAUCCGUUUUGAAGAAUUGGUUCGUGAAAUAACGAUGAAAUCGUGUGAAUAUCCAGUAUUUUAUGAUGAUAAACUUCGAGAGUAGAUGCGGCUGUGUGUACAAAACCAAUUGGGACAUUAUCAGAGUCGUCAGCGAUGGAUUAUCUUCAGAUUAUCCAGUGUGAUGAGUUGAAUUCGGAAGAAAUAGUUUGGUUCCAGUUUGACUGCGAUGUGAAAUGAGGAGGAUAGGCAUUUUCAGAGAGAAGGGAGAUGACUGAGGACAAAGUUUAUUCAGUUCUUCAGGGCAAUAAGUGCAGAGCUUUGAUAGUCCUUAUUCUUCAUGUGCUAAAGGAGAUAUUCGAGUCUGGUUAGGGAAGAUGUGAGACUUGUGUGGUCAGUUUCAAUCUGAUGGAACAUUCAACAAGGAAAAAUUUAGGUGGACCUUGGGGGAAAUUGCCAAGACUUAAUCUGGAGAAAUUAGCUAGUAACUGUAUUAGAAAACAACCUGAGAGUUCUGGGGUUCAGAUUUAGAAAAGACAUGGUUCUAGAACACUACCUAGAAGUUCUGGUGAUCAAAUUUUAAAAUGACAUGAUACGUGGAAAGCGGUUCAGAUUUUGAUACUCUGGAAAAUGUAACUUUGACAUAGAGGCAGUGUAAAAGGCAUUGGAACUUUAAAUGCUGUUCAUUCGGGGAGUCAUGUAAAAAAAAUCCAUGAUGAGAGGUUUCUGAAAUGCGAGGAGACACUGAAAGCAGGUUGUAUCGGGCAGAGGAGCAGAUAAACUGAUAAGCGGAAGAAGGCUGGGGCACAUGUUUAGGAAUCCGAGGGCAUCUUGAAAAUGUUCGAAAACACUGAGAAUUAUCUUAUCACUAUAACUGAACUAUACAGGGAUCUGGUGCUAUUUUCUAGCAGACGUUAACGUGUAUAUGUGAAAGCAGUGCACACAACAGUGAACAAUUUGCACACAAAGGUGCACUAUUUGCACACAAGGGUGCAUAAUUUGUGCAUAAUUUGAACACUUCUGGGAUGAUAGAAUAUGUACAUGUACGGUAGCAAUUAACAGUAAAGCCGAAAAUAUUUGUGCGACUUUUAUUUUCAUGCUUACAGACAAUCGCAACUAUAUACGGUCACAAAAAAGAAAAUCUAAAUGAAAAUAUGUUACAUUGUUGUCAAAACGCCAAAUUAAAAGUACAUGAAAGUGGCAAUUUCAAAUGGCCACAGGUAUCACCGGGUUUACAGUGUACUGUGAUGGUUGGUAUAGAAAAAAAAUGCUGUUCUCCAUUGUAAGGAGCUUAUAGUCAUGAAGGAUACUUAGCCCAGGAUAUUUAGAGCAUAGUGUGACGCAUUAUUAAAAAGACACGCAUUAUUUUUUUUUUUAAUCGUAAUUCUGCAAUGUAAACAAGAAAUUUUUCAGAUGGAUGCGGUGUUUGCUUUAUAUAUACAUCUUGUAAAAUUGCCUCGGGCAGAACCAAAUCUGUUGAGUUUUGGUUUUAAGCACAAUAUGUGUAGAUGCCCUGACUGCCAUAGGCAUCAGGCUUUUGCUUUGUCUUAUUUUCUCUGAAAUCCAAGAUCAAAUUCUGCAUCUGUAUCCAGAAAGGCUUCAAUAAAAUUAUGUAUGUAUUUGGUUGGGUUGAAGCGAUUUGUGACAGUAUUGUCCGAUUUUUAAAAUAUGUAAGAGGUCAAUUAGGGAGUGGGAAGUUUGAAGACAUUGUAAAAAAGUAGCAAAUUUUCAGUUCUGGAGUACCAUAAUCUGUGAUCUCUAUCAGGGUGUAGGGUUUCCCUUAAACUUUUUUUUGGUCUAGGAGGUUUUUUUGUUGGUUUGAGGUCUCUGGUCAAUUAUUUCUACAUCGGACAAGGAAGCAAAAAACAAUUCAUCACAAGAAGAAAAUGGGUGUUGUAAUGGAACCGUUGUCCAUUAAUGGCUUCUUGGUGCUAAAGUCAUGAAUGAAAGUCUAGAUGAGUUAUGGUUAACCACAUUUAAAAGAUGACUUCAACAGGCUACCGAAUGAAAUUAUCAACAGGCCAAGUUUCUGUUUUUAGGUAGUUUUUGGUGUUGGCUCUGCCUUGAUAUUUCGCCAAUUGAUAAAAAUAAAAGCAUUCUUUGAGCCUGAUCCAUUUUGUUUUUACUUGGUGCAGAAUAUGCUGAUUGUUUUUCAGGUAUCAGUUAAUGCUAUUGUUUAUUCAGUUACGAUGCAUACAUUACAUUGUACAGUAGAAGAAAAGUGUGAUUGAAUUUCAUGAUUGUGAACGUUCCUUAAUUGAAAUAUUUUCUUUGCAUAAAAUGUGGAAAUAGAGAGAUUCUACUGUAUUUCCAGCUUCACUACUGUAAACCAACAAAUUCAUAGAAAUGAUUACAAAGCAUUAUUACAAAAGUUAAUUCCAGGCCUAGAGGCUGUUUUUUCAUGCAGCAAAUACAUCCAAAAAUUAGUGGUUUCUAAAGAUGAUGCCUGCUUUUGUGAACUGGGACUGUAACAGUAAUUGCUAUACCAACAACAAAGUCACCGAACUUCCCUUAUGCUAACCAGCAUCAAAUUCCUCAACUUUGACUCACUUGUUUAUAUUCAUGUGGAUUUUUAUUGUCAUAAUAUUAAGGAUAUCAUGCCGAUUGAUUUAAAUGUAGAAGAGUCUGGUCCAUUUCCUCAGGUAGUCUAAAACAUUGUGAGAGCAUUCCAACUACUAUAGGAAGUUAGAGCAUCCCAACUGCUAUAGGUGGGCAGAGGAUACCAACUACUAUAGGCAUGUUAUUGGGUCUCUUAGCCGAAUCCGGGUUCGCCAUGCUGACCGAACUCCCCCAAAAAGUGUUCUUCUUUUUGGGAUAAUUGACUUUCCAACAAUGCUCAGUACAGUAGGACCGCCCUUAGCUGACACCUCUGUUAGCCAGAUGCAUCUGCAGGGACAAUGAAUAUAUUAAUAAGUGCUUUGAUCUUUUGAGUCUUUUUCCUUAUUAGUGAGUCCUUUUAGUCGGCAUUAUCUCUGCAUCAGAGGCCUUCAGCAAGAAGCUGAGGCGAUGUUUUUACAGGCAUGGGGUAUUCCUAAUGAGGGGACCUGCGUACGCAUUAGGCCUACCUACUGUUAACUUUAUCAUAAUACUGGUAUCAUGAUUCCAAAGACAACAACUUCACCGAACUUCCCCACAUACAUGAUAUUUCAUAGCUAGGCAUUUUUGCCAUGUCCUGAAUUUGUCAUAAGAGAAGGUUUUUUAAACGACAGUUAAUCAGUUUUCUUUUGUACAGGAACAUGCUUGAUUUUGCCCUUUGCUACAGUACGUUUUUUAGCCAAUGCACAGGUGUUGUAAAUGAUUCUAUGUACCUCUGAUCAAAAACACUGAAAAAUCUAAAAUUUUACGAGUAACUGUAGAUAUAUCAAUCAUUGGGCCAUUCACGAUGUAACUUUUAUCAUGAAUUCCAUAUUCAAUGGUGCAUGAUAGUAUUUGAUGUUCAAUUGACGGUGAGUCCUGGUCAGAGUUCAUGAUGACCACUGCAUAAAAGACCUUUGAAUCAACACCCAGCUUUAUAGGUCAAGUUGUAUGCCUGAAUGCCCCUCAAAAUACCAGUGUGGCCACCUAUUGAACACACACAGAAUUAUUAUGUCUUAGCAGUUUGUGCAACAUAAUAGUUAUUUGUCUGUUUCAUAGAUGGCUCUGUGGUUUUCAAGAUGACACUUUUAUUCAUAUAACUUGUCCUUUGAGGGAAAAGCAACAACCCCAUAUGAAUUUUUUUGAUAUCAUGAAUGGCUCAGAUUUGUCACUUGAAAUCACGUUCCGGUAGUGAGAGAUUAAUGCUUUCAGAUGUCCAGAAAUUGUUUAACCCUCUUUUUAUUUUGUUAAAAUGUUGGAAGUUUAGCAGAUGAGCAUUGGUAUUUCAAGUAAGACACUCUAUAUUAGGCUGUUAUCACAAUGUUGCUGUCUCUUAUAUCCUGUCUCAAUGCCUUAAAGGGAGACUAUAGGCUGGAGUGGAGUUGGUCAAAUUCAGUCACAUGAAGUUGCCAAUAGGGGUCUCUCCUAUCUCACAGUACAUCAAAACUGUUUGCGGUUGGACGAGGAAUAUUUUGAUUGCUGAAUCAAACACUACCAUAAUAUAUCAAGAGCCUACCCAGUACCCUAAAUGCACGUAUAUUGGUCGCCCAAAGAUGACCAGUUUGAUCGCCUGCUUCUGCCUAUAGUCUGCCUUUAAUAUCUUUAAGUUUACAGUGCUUCUUUGUCCUGUCCUUGACUUGGUUCAUGUUUCCUCCAAGUCUCAAACGAGUAGAAGUCCGUGCAAGAUUGCGCUAUUUCUGUUAGCCGUCACUGCUGGUUCAAAGCCUAGAGGGGUGAGAUAUAGCGAGGUGUACUACAUAGUGCCUUGUCUGUGUUAUUUAUGUUUGAUCAUGUUGUCAAGUUUGUUAAGUUAGGAAUGAAGUCAAUUAAAGUCAGUUAAAAAAUAUAAGUGCUAAGUUGGCUGUUGGUGAAGCAAGAGCAGUCAAUUCAACGCCAAGCCAAGAAUGUGAAAUUGCUGUUCUGAACAAACUCCUAUUAUUGCUUGUAGUCAAGAUUAUAUGGGUGCCAAUUUUGCAAACUAAUAAAUUCUGGUACUGCUUCUUGCAGUCCUGAUCACAGUUGCUGCAUGCAGCUAGCUUAGGUGACACCAGAGUUGUGCGCAUCUUAUGCAAAGUAGACAGUAUGUCAAUUUUGACCAGGACUGUAUGUAAAACUGAACAAACGUGUAAAUUGCCACAUUUUCAGACUCGGUCUUCAGUAAGAAUACUCCGUUCAUGUUUUCUUAUUUCAUUGAUGUUUUGUUUAUGUUUAUCUGCAUCUCCUAUGUUACCAUGGUUACCAGUGUGUUUACGUUCUAAGUUACCAUGGUAACUUGUUUAUCUGCAAUCAGUUUCGCUGUUUCUAUAGUUGCGGGGUGCGGGCUGAGAUAUAUUAAAAUAUACACAGUUAGUCGAAUUAAGCUUGAGAGGAGCUAAACGUCAACCCAAAGGCCACAGCUGGGGCAAUUACUUUACACCAACAUUUAACUCGACCCUCCUGGUCACAAUUUUGGUGCGGUGUUAAUCAAUCUGUGACCAAAGAUGUAGCUAAAGUUAGGACUUGCUGUCAGCAGUAAUAAAAGUUCCACAACAAAAGAGGAGUGUCUUGAGCUGGCACUAAUUUCUGUUUAGAGGACAAUGCUCGGAUGUAUCUAAAAAUGCGCACAAACAUUCUAUUAUAUUUGUGCACAUUUUUUGAUGUAUAUCUGUAGUGCCCUAAGUAGGUACUGUUCAAUUAUCAUUAGUGCCGGAUUGUUAGUAUUACCUUGCAGAAAUUGUCUCAGUUCAUAUCUACUGGUAGUAAUUGUGCAAGCCUGCCCUUGUGGUGAAUCAAGCAGUAUCGUUCAAUCUAAUUUUUGUAAAUAACAUUGGAUUAAAUAUAUAGAAGUGUACAUCACUUUAAAGACAAUAUCAAUAAAGAGU